AUGGACGUUCUCUGUUCACAUCAGGAGGGUCGUGGAGUCCCUCAACAUCGGAACGACCGCGGCAACCCCCGGGCAGGGAGCAGCAGCCGGAGUGGCUGGAUCUCCUCCCUACGACCCCCGGCACCAAGGUGGUACUGUACAAGGGCCCGGGGAUGCUCCUCUUUCGCAUACUGGUCAGGUUCAAGGUGGCUCAGAUGUGUGGCGUGGGUGCCACAGGAGCUCUACUAG